CAUCGUAGGGGGUGGUCGGUUCGGUUUCACCCCUACAAUCGUGUUGCAUACGACCGAUCGUGGGAAUCGACGAACUGAUACUCGUCAUUAAUGUGUGAAAUAGUAGAUAAAUAAUGUUAGUUUAAAAUAUUCAGCCUUUUGAACUAAAAUUUAUUGCUAGUAAAUGUGUUUUGAACAUUGUUGCGAAAAAGGGGGGAGCUUUUUUGAAACCUGGAAAACGCUACCACAACUAGCGGUCACCACAAAUGUGCAGAUGUAGGAAUGUGACACUAAAGCCCCCUCGAACCAGCCCAAAGAUGAAACGCCGCCUACCAACCGUGCGGGAGGAACCCAGCUCACCAAAAACCAUCUGCAACAGUGAUCUGGCAAUAUACGCCAUGGUGGUGUCCACCGCCGUGCUCAGUUAUGUGAACAGUUUAAACGGUGAUUUCGUACAUGAUGAUAUACCGGCCAUAGUGAGCAAUGGAGACGUUGUGGGCACGAACUCGUUGAAGCAGCUGUUUUUGGAUGACUUCUGGGGCACGCCGAUGGCUGAUCCGAACAGUCAUAAGUCGUAUCGGCCGCUCACGACGCUGUCUUUUCGGUUAAACUACGCGCUAGCCGGGCUGAGGCCGUGGUGGUGGCACACUUGCAACGUGUUUCUGCACGCGGCGUGUUGCGCGCUGGUCGCCCGCACGUGCGUCACCAUCGCGCGUCUACAACGCCCGUUUGCGGCGCUCGCAGCGCUGCUGUUUGCUGUCCAUCCUAUACACACUGAAGCGGUGGCCGGAGUAGUGGGCAGAGCUGAUGUCCUCGCGUGUAUAUUUUUUCUAUCUUCUCUACUAGUAUAUCAUAGACCAACAAGUAACAAGAAGUGCAUCUGGCUGAGCAUCGGUCUAGGAGCGCUGAGCAUGCUGGCCAAGGAGACCGGCGUGACGAUAUUGUUGCUGAAUCUCACUAUUGACUUCUAUAGGUGUUGGCCUCUAGUAAAAAGGUCAAUAUGCUCCUUGAAAAUUGAGAAGAAAUGCACAGGGUUGUCAAUCAGGACAACCAAAGUACUGGUGUCCCUAUCUUUGCUGAUAUGUCUCCGACUAGCAUUGCUUCAAGGCACCUGGCCAACUUUCUCCCCUCAGGACAACCCUGCGGCCUUCCAUCAUAGCUUUUUUGUAAGGUUAAUGACAUUCUGCUACCUGGCUGCAUUCAACUGGUGGUUACUUCUGUGCCCCUGGUCGCUGAGCCACGAUUGGCAGAUGGGUUCAGUGCCACUCAUCACCAGUGGCUGGGAUCCCAGGAACUUCGUCACCUGCGCAGCCUUUGGUGCCCUGUUGCUGCUGUGCUACCGAUGCAUUGCUGAUUUGGAGGUACAAAGGCACACACCGGCUGUAAUCGGCCUCCUUCUGCUGGUGGUACCGUUCGUGCCUGCAAGCAACCUAUUAGUUACCGUUGGAUUUGUUAUCGCUGAAAGAGUGUUGUACAUACCGAGUGUAGGCAGCGUCAUAAUAACGGCAUAUGGCGUUCAACUGAUGUGGUACUCGAGACCUGGCUCCAAAGUGUUCCUGGUGGUGGGACUCGCUGUGCUGGCUGCGAGUGGAGUAGCGAGGACCCAUAGGAGAAAUGCUGACUGGCGGGAUCGCGCCACUUUACUCAGAGCGGACUUAGUGACUCUGCCGCAGAAUGCUAAGCUGCACUACAACUUCGGGAACUUCCUUCGCGAGAGCGAGCAGCAAGACAACGCCAUCAAACAUUACAAAGAAGCUUUGAGGCUUUGGCCAACAUACGCCAGCGCGCACAACAAUAUUGGCACAUUGGUGAACGCAGAAAACGCUGAGCACCACUUCCUACAAGCGAUCAAGUACAACCGGCAUCAUGUGAACGCACAUUACAACCUUGGCAAGCUUUACAAGAAAAGUGGUCGAACAAACCCAGCCAUAUCAAUGCUAGAGCGUUGCAUAGCACUGCAACCACGCUUCGUACAAGCCCACGUGGAACUGUUGACGAUGAAACCUGAGGCUGAGAAGCGCAGAAUAUUGUCCAGGCUGGUAGAACUGGAGCCGAAUAACUGGGAGCAUUACGUUUUGUAUGGAAAUUGGCUGAGGACUAAAGGAUUACCGGUAGUCGCAGCCAAAUACUUCUUGGAAGCGACGAGACUAAGUUUUCGAAAUCGAAAUUUCGAGAAACCAAUCAGAGGAGAUUUAAUUUCUAUCAGAUCAACAGCACUUAUAUACAGGAGUUUAGGACAAAAGUCAAGAACUCUGCAACUUUUAACAAGAUGGCAUACUUGGAGACGUGGUUGGCCGAGUGCCGCGGCAGCGCACAUGUAUCUGCGAGAUUGGCGGUUGAAAAUGGAGCUGGAAGGACGUGUGCAAAUAUACUCCAGGGCAGUGAACCCUACCAAAUCAACAACAUGCUUCGAUCACUCUCAACUAGCGGCUGGAGCAACAUCUACAAACGAAGACAAAACUGUAAAAGUAGAAGAAAAAGUUAAAAUUGAAGAAACUAUUUAUAAACAAAGCAGUGAAAGUGACAUUACUGUGAUUGCUCACAAAAGUCCGUGCGAACAAAAAUCGUGUGCGGUUAAAAAACGUAAUCUUUCCAUUUCAACACAGAUUAAGACAACGCAUAAUAAAUCUGAAAUAGGACACAAGAAAAAGUGUACAAUGCAUAGGAAAGAGAAAAACGUAAAAAAUAACGAUAUACCAAACAUAGUGCCGCCAUUGACUGAACACAUCCUUAUGAAGACAUUUUGAAUAAAAACGCUUUACUAGAAAUCACAAGUGAACUAAUGUGUGCUUGCGAAAGGAUUUGAAUUAAUUGUAUUUAUUUUGAAAACGCAGUGAGGGUAGGUGUAAAGUUGCGCUGACAAUAUCGCGAGGUUAAAAAGUUAGUUAAGUCUUUUCAAAAUGAGAAAUUUUAAAUGUUGCUAAACUGGUUCACUAUUUUU